UCCCAGAGGGCUGCGCGUCCCGGCUUCUCGGCGCUGUCAUGGCGGGCUUGCUGAAGAAGACCACUGGCCUGGUGGGAUUGGCUAUUUGUGAAACUCCACAUGAGAGGCUAAAAAUAUUGUAUACAAAAAUUCUUGAUGUUCUUGGACACAUCCCUAAAAAUGCAGCGUAUAGAAAGUAUACAGAACAGAUUACAAAUGAGAAGCUGAGUAUGGUUAAAGCGGAACCAGAUGUUAAAAAACUGGAAGAGCGACUGCAGGGUGGCCAAAUAGAAGAGGUGAUUCUUCAGGCUGAAAACGAACUUAGUCUGGCAAGAAAAAUGAUCCAGUGGAAACCAUGGGAGCCUUUAGUGGAAGAGCCUCCAGCCAGCCAAUGGAAAUGGCCAAUAUAAACAGCAUUAACUAUUUUUUCUGUUGAUAGGAGAGUGAUGUAAUUAAAUAUUCUGUUAUAUGUUAAAAAAUGUUUCCAUAUUAUUGACAUCUUAUCAUCAAGAAAACUGAUACAGAACACAUUUAAGCGACUUGUUAAAGUUGAUGAUUAUGGUAAUUUGUGAAUUCAGUUUUUGAUUUGUAGAGCAUUCAUUCAAAUUAUUUCAAAGGUAAUUUUUUUUUAAAGGUUGUGUUUUAAAACCUGUGUUUUUUUUUAAAAAACAGGUUCCAAUUAAAUUUUUCCAAAACUUAACUGUAAGAAUUCCUAUAGAUCUUCACUGUAGGGGCCAUAUUUGAAAGGUGAAGUAUUUUUAGUAGUAUCUUCAACAGAUGAUUUAAUUUUUUUAUUAUGGAAAAACAGAAAAGAUAAUUAUUAUUGUUGUUGAAACAAAUUAAUAGGUCACUGUUUAAAGUGAAGUAGUAAGGAAAAAACCAUCAAAUUAGAAUUCAUUGUACACUUGGGAAAAUUGAUUUGGUAUUUGAAAGAAAGAUUUUCAUUUAUAGUAGUAGUUGGAAAAACUUUUCCUUUUGUCUCAUUUAAGGAAAUUAGUUUUCUGGCCCUUAGUCUUUAGUUUUCUUGAUAA